AUGUCAGUUCUAUCAGAAAUUGUGAAGAGCAAAUGGUUAUAUGGCUCGAACUUGCCUUUUGCAGAGCCUGCAUGGGCGCGCGGCUGCCCGAGCCCGUACUAUCGAGACAGCCACAGAAGGCUCCGCCAGGCGAUGCGAUUCUGGGUCGAGAAGAACCUGAUUCCGCAUGUUCAGGAUUGGGAAAAGACGGCGUCGAUCCCGGACUGGAUCUACAAGAAAGCUGCCGAUGAUGGUCUUUUGAUGCCAAUCGCUGCAGGGCCGACCAUUCCUACUGACUGGAAAGGAAAAUAUCCCAUCAUUGGCGACAUUCCGGCAGAAGAAUGGGACGGCUUUCAUGAUCUGAUUGUCCACGAUGAGAUAGGGCGCACGGGUGGUAUAGGGCUCGAGAACGGGUUAUUUGGUGGCACGUUCACAAAUUCGGGUCGGCGAAGCUGCAACAAACACGUGAUCUCAGGAAAGACCCGAAUAGCACUGGCCAUCACCGAGCCCGAUGCAGGCUCGGACGUCCGCGGCCUGAAGACAGAAGCGGUACUAUCCGACGACGGGACCCGCCUAAUCGUCAAUGGCCAGAAGAAGUGGAUCACGGGAGGCAUGUACGCGAAGUACUUCCUCACGCUCGUGAAGGAGUGUAAUGGCGACUUUACCCUCGUAGUAGUGCCACGCGUAAAAGGCCUGUCUACGAGACACAUGGAGAUGUCGGGGUCCACGACCGCCGGCACGGCAUUUGUGGAGUUCGACGACGUCGAGGUCCCGCUCGACAUGGUAGUUGGCGAACGCGGCAAGGGUUUCAAGUACAUUGUUUCGAACUUCAACCAUGAGAGACUAUUUAUUGCGAUGCAGUCGGUGCGAUGCGCACGCGUAUGCUUGGAAGACUCAAUCGAGUACGCACUGAGCCGGGAAACAUUUGGAAAGAAACUCACGGAUCAUCCUGUCAUCCGAUUAAAAUUUGCCAACAUGAGCAGAGAGACUGAAUCAUUGCAGUCGUGGCUCGAGAGCUUGAUCUACCAACUCGGCCAUCUCUCCACCGCUGAAGGUGAAUUCCUCCUGGCCGGUACCACAGCUCAGAUCAAGGCCCACAGCGGAAUCGUGUUGGAGCACGUAGUGCGAGAGGCCAUCCAAAUUAUGGGUGGCAUCGGCCUGACCAGAGGAGCAGGCCGAGGGGAGCGCGUGGAACGGAUCUGGAGAGAUGUCAAGGCUAUCACGGUGCCUGGAGGCAGCGAGGAGGUGAUGCUUGAUCUGGCGACUAGGCGUGCGCUCAGUGUCACGGCAAAGCUUCGCAAGUCAGGAUCCAAAACGAGACUGUAA